AAGAAAAAAAAAGGAAAAAGAAGAAAAGAAGAAAGGAAGGAAGGAUGUAAGACCGUUUUACAUCUCCGAGAAUGAAAAUCGUGUCAAGAUCAUCGAAUACGGACCCGUUGUUGUUAGGAAAAAACAUGAAAUAAUAACCAAGGUAAAAAGCUGAUAAAACUCUGCCGCUUAUAUCAACGCGUAUAAAGGGAAAUUUAAAGAUGGACAAGUACGGAGUGGAGUUUCCUAAACGUGAUUGGAGUCACAGGCUUAGUUUACGUGGCAGUAGAAGAAGUCAUCAGAGCGAAGUCGUAGGGAGAUCAGCAACUGGAUCUUUGAAGAGUACAAGAAGAUGGGCGAGUCUACGACAACAUACCGUAAACAAUGAUGAUGGUAAACCACGAGUCGAAUUACUUCUUGAUCCACCAGGAUCAAAACCUUCGACUCCUUCGUCUCAACCGCAUACUCCUCAUUCACCUAAUACACCAAAGACACCGCAUACACCGGUUAAGAAGUCUAACUGGGAGGUUAUCGAGCACUUUACUGGCCCACCUCGUCCCUCCAUUAUCACGAUGAACAGAGGAUCGGAAGUCGGUGUUGGUAUCAAUGUAACCGGAAAGGAACCAAUACCGGAAAUAGCCUCUAGUCCGGGAAUAACUCUACCAUCUACCGGAUGUGUCCUAUGCAGAUUUCUAAGCUCUCUUUGCACUUCUCAUCGAUUCAAAAAUCUCCAGGUGGAAAUGCUCUACCAACGUUAUUUCCUUCGCAUGAAUCAGAGUAACAUGACACACGUGCUUGGUCUACUAGUAGGAUUGGCAUUCGCACUGGGCCUGCUACUCAUCGUUAGAUUGAUUUUAACCAACAGCGAGCCUCUACUUAUGCUUCUACGACGGUCCGAAAAUCUUUCACUAGCAAUCACCCUCAUCAUAUGCAUCAUCGUUUACGCAGCAUUGGUCGCGACCAUUUCGAGACCCGGAAUAAACGAAAUUUGGUUGGCUGUGGUUAGCGGUGCCGUACUGGUUACAUUGUUGGCCUUACAAGUGACCCUGAACAUUCAUCUGGCCUAUUUGCACGAGAUGCAACAGAAAAAUUACGAAAAUGACGAGAAAGGAAAUAUAUCGUCAUUCUCGUCAUUGUCGUCUUUAUCGUCGACGUCAUCGUCUUCUCCUACGUCAUCAUCUAUAACAUCUUCUUCGUUCUUGUCAAUGUCAAAAGAACUACGAACUGGUGGUCCAUUGGCAGCAGCUUGGGCGGUCUGCUUUUUCAUCUACAUGGCUUAUGCUCUAUUACCGAUUAGGCUUAGGCAUGCCUGCAUCGCUGGAAUCUGUUUCUCGAUCGCUCAUAUCGUCGGUGCAUUGCUACUCUAUCCACAGGAUUAUCCCGCUAUAAUGGCUCACCUUCUCAGCUCGAUAGUUGUGGUCGGUGGUACGAACGUUGCUGGUGCGCUGACACAUCAUCCUAGAGAAUUGGCUCAACGACAGGCUUUCCUUGAGACCAGACAAUGCGUCGAAGCACGUUUAACAACGCAACGUGAAAAUCAGCAACAGGAAAGAUUAUUACUGAGCGUACUUCCAAGACACGUUGCGAUGGAAAUGAAAGCGGACAUUGCUGGAAAGCCAAAAGACACGAUGUUCCAUAAGAUCUACAUUCAACGACACGAGAAUGUUAGCAUUUUAUUCGCAGAUAUUUGUGGUUUCACGUCACUCUCCGACCAAUGCACAGCAGAAGAACUCGUCAGAUUGCUCAACGAGUUAUUCGCACGCUUUGACAGAUUGGCUGCCGAGCAUCACUGCCUGAGAAUAAAACUCCUUGGAGAUUGCUACUAUUGCGUUUCGGGUCUACCAGAACCAAGACCCGAUCAUGCCCACUGUUGCGUGGAGAUGGGAUUGGAUAUGAUUGAUGCGAUCACACUGGUGCGCGAGGUAAUGGCUGUUAACGUAAAUAUGAGGGUUGGUAUUCAUACUGGACGAGUACUUUGCGGAGUUCUAGGCUUGAGGAAAUGGCAAUUCGAUGUUUGGAGCAACGACGUUACUUUGGCCAAUUAUAUGGAAAGUGGUGGAAUACCAGGUCGAGUGCAUAUUACUAAAGAGACCUUGAAUUGCUUGGGAGGAUAUUACGAGGUCGAGGAGGGACAUGGUGAAGAGAGGAACUCUUAUUUGAAGGAGCACAACAUCGAAACUUAUUUAAUCGUUCCUGGUAAUACUUACAAGGAUAAUAUCUCUACAUCUGGCACAAAAAAAGGAUUCACGAUAAAUGGAAACGUGUCGAAAGAAAUGAGAGUUAUGGGUCAUGGAUCGCAACAUGGCAAACAAGCCAAAUUAGGAUUUGGCGAGAAUGUCGAAUGCGAAAAAGAUCCAGAAGACGAAGUAAAUGAAUAUCUGAUGAGAGCUAUUGACGCAAGAAGCAUCGACCGUCUUAGAGCUGAACAUUGUACGCCUUUCAUCUUGACGUUUCGAAGGCCUGACAUCGAAGAGAAGUAUUCACGAGAAAGAGAUAGGAUGCUUUCCGCCUAUUUUGUAUGUUCCGGUUUCGUUUACAUGGUCGUUGUGGUCGCCAUCGCCAUUACUCUUUCUGGGAGUAUAUAUUUCUACGUCUGUGCCGGUGUGAGCAUAUUGGUGAUAGCUUUGGUAAAUGCUAUUCUACUUGCUGAGAAAAACGAGACGGUACCUCAAUGGAUGAGGAACAUGGCUUUGAAGAUUUUUGAAAAUCGGGUAAUCGCCCAAAGCAUUGCCGCCGCCGUCGUCUUUUUAACCUUCAUCACCGUUCUUUCACCUUUGAUAAAACUAGACGAAAGCGAAACAUGUGGAAGUAGUAUUUUGACUUCAACCACCGAAUGGCUUAACAAUUCUGGCGUAAUGGUUAAGAGAAUCGAAAAACAAAAUGGACCGUGUUACUACACUCUAUUCUCCGACCUAUUUCCCGUUCUGGUGAUGUUAGUUAUGGUGACCUGUGCGGUAUAUCAAAUUUUAACUUCGGUCUUCAAGGUCGCCGUACUAAGCAUCGUCGUGGCCUGUUAUUUAGGUGUUAGUAUUUAUCAAGCUAUGAACGACGAUCGUUUGGAUAUCGCUGAAAAAUGGUUGGCUGGCGUUUUGGUAAUCUUUUUUAUGGCGUGUCUGGUCGUACAUUCGCAACAUACCGAAGCUACCUACAGAUUAGACUUCCUAUGGAAACUCCAAGCGACCGAGGAGAAAGAAGAGAUGGAAAAUCUCAAGGCCUACAAUCAAAAAUUAUUGGCGAAUAUUCUACCGGAACACGUGGCCGCACAUUUUCUAUCCACCGUUAAUUCCGACGAGCUCUAUCACGAGCAAUGUGACUUCGUUUGCAUAAUGUUCGCCUCCAUACCAAACUUUUCGGAAUUCUAUGUCGAGUUAGAGGCGAAUAACGAGGGCGUCGAGUGCCUCCGACUUCUUAACGAAAUCAUCGCCGACUUCGACGAGCUUCUAGCGGAGGAGCAAUUCAAGUACAUCGAGAAAAUAAAGAGUACUGGUGCCACGUACAUGGCAGCAUCCGGCCUGACGAGAAACACCUGCGACAUGAGGGACUACAAACAUGUGACCGCGAUGGCGGACUAUGCUUUAAGAAUACGCAAACAGCUGGCUGACGUUAAUGAACACAGUUUCAACAACUUUAGGAUGCGCAUAGGGAUCAACAUAGGACCGGUUGUUGCCGGGGUGAUAGGCGCAAGAAAGCCGCAAUACGACAUUUGGGGUAACGCCGUAAACGUGGCCUCCAGAAUGGAUUCUACCGGAGUUUUGGAUAGGAUUCAGGUCACCCGUGAAGUUCACGAUAUUCUAUUGGCUAAAGGUUAUCCACUUACUUGUCGUGGUAGUAUACAGGUUAAAGGAAAGGGUAGUAUGAUAACGUAUUUUUUGAAUGGACCAUGUGAUACUACGAAGACGAGGAAUAACGAUACAGAGAUAUUAACCAGGACCAAUACUAACAAUAACAACAAUAACAACAACAAUAAUAGCAACGCUAACGUUAACGAAAGAAUGUCGUCCUCGCCCAAUAACGGAGCAGUACUUCUUUGAAGAAAAAAAUCAGAUUAUUUAUUUUAGAGAAGUUAACAAUCAAAAUAUCAUCUUUUGUCCUUCCUUUGUCCAAUGUUUCUUAUAUCUAUACAAGUUUUGAUUAUCUGGAUAUAUGCCGUUCGAUAUUUCGAUGAUGAUCAAAACGACUACAAGGAAAAUAAGACGACGAUGAUGUAGAUGACGAUAAAAUAGAAAAAUAUAUCAUUAGAUUUUAUUUCAGAUUU